AUGUUUCCAGAAUCAGACCCUCGAAUUUCCAAUGUAGAAGUGGAGCGCCGACAGCCUUCUGAUGAAAUUUUACCGGUGGGGUCUAUUAGGGUUAAUACUUUGAACGACUUGUGUUUGACUCCUGUCCUUAAAGAUUUGCUUGAUUUUGCGGCUACCCGUCAAAAUGAGGGCCCUAAACCGGUCCUCAAUACAAAAAGUAAAGUUUUUGAGCUGGACAAUUGUAGAAAUAUUGGAAAGGUGUGUCUUAUUUGCACUGACGGGUCAUGGUCGGUGUGGCUGGUGACCCGCGAGGGUGGCUGGGGCUGGCUCUCAGAUUCGUUCACACAAUACUUCAGAAUGGCGCUCGUGCAUCUUGGAUUACCUGGAUGGCAGGCGACCUUUGCUGACCUGCCACUUAUACCUUGGGCUGAGCAACUCUUCUUACUACUGGCACCUCAUCUCUUGGAAAAAUCCGAGUCGGAUAGUAACGCGAUGGCAGUAACCAGAGAGACGAGCCUCAACCACAUUGAUCCCAACAUAUUUAAGACUUCCGUUCGCCAGCACAAGAAUACAAGACAAGCAAACCAAUGA